AUGGCAUCCCAAACAAGAUCCGCCAGACUUAGCAAAUUCCUUUCGCUCGUCGUCAGUGGCAAGCGCCUGGUUACCACUGCCGACAGCUUUGUGUUGCUACUAGAGUCUGUUCAGGACCAGACCGACCAUGCCGCUUGUGUCGAACGCAUAAUCGCGAGCCCUCCAGCACGCAAUGCCCUGCACGCCGGAUUACGUUUCAAUACCAAGCCUGACUUUUUGAACAAGCACACGUCCACCUUCAUCGCUUAUCUCAUGGAACCGACUGUCAAGGCGUUAUGCAAUGGACAAUUUCUGCGAGAGCUUCUUGAGCUGAUUGUCGAGCCUUGCACUGUCUGGAAUGCCUUGCUGCAGGCUUUCCGAAGUGGACAGCUUACUGCGCCAGCCACUCAUGCCUUCGCAUGGCUGCUGGUUGAGCUUCUCACAUCUUCUUCUACAUUGGAGAUUGAUGUAACGGCCGAUGCGAAGCAAGUCUUCGACAAUGGCUCUCUUCUACGAGCACCAUCCCGUGAAACUCGCGAGCUCGGAGAAAAACUAGAACGUAUCCUGCAAGUCCGAUGA